AUGGGUGCUGGCGCGUCGAAGCAGGGAGAUGCUUCUAAACAAAUCUUUUUGAGCGAGAAUCCUGUACAAUUCUCUCAAGAACUGAUAGACUCUUUACAAGCAUCAUCCGAGACGAAUUCAACCCGAGCAAAGUCGUUAGAUCUACAUAUACAGCAAAGAGUAGCUGCAGAACUUGAAAAGUUGGCUGGCGAGAAAGAGUCAAAAUUAGAAGCCGCGCGACAGAAGAUACUCUCAGGAGACUCGAAAAACAAAAGCGAAGAACACGAACGAACGUCGGGCGCCGUAAAGCUGCCAAAGAUAUCACCCCAGGACCUCUUUAAAAAGGAAACAGAACAGGAGAAAGCGCGCAAAAACGCGAGCAGUCAGAAAGUACAAGAAGAGAUUCAAAAGCUACAGAAAGCACUAGGUGAACGGAAAGUGCUAAAAGAUCUUCCGAAGGAGGUUACUGAUGCGAGGGACGAAGUCGUCAGUUGUCUCAGGUUGAACGACCGGCAGUCUCUGAACUGCUGGAAGGAAGUGGAAAUAUUCAAGAGGGAGGUUCGGAAAAUGGAAGAGCAAUUUGUCGGCAAAGUUCUGUAA